AUUCGUCAGCUAAAGCCAUCUCAAUUGUGGUUAUAGGGGCACCAAAGUAAUUCAGAAUCAGAAUAAAUUGAUCAUAGGUUUUACGAAGAAUUUGACUUGGUUCAAUUUAAAAUUUAGGGUUUUCCCUCUCUCCCAAGUUCAAUACGACUCAGAGAAAUGGAAGCUGGUUUUCAUCAACAACAACAUCAGCAGGAGCAGCAUCAACAACAACAUUACAUUCCUCAGAUGCAAACACCAAACCUUCAAAACCUAGAAGAAGAGUCGGUCUUAGGAACCCUUUUAGUUCGAAAUCUUCCCGAGGCUAUACCUCACGAAACACUCUCUCGACUCUUCUCUUACUAUGGUGCUUCCUCUGUGCGUCCUUGCUCCAGUGGGAGGCUAAGAAAUUGUGCAUUUGUGGAUUUCAAGGAUGAAACUUUGGCAUGUCAAGCACAACGUCAACUCAAUAAGCUGCGGUUUCUAGGGAAAGUUUUAUCAGUUGAAAGAGCUAACAAGCCGACAUUGGGUAAUAAGAAUCCACAAAACGAAACACAAUUUGGGAAGGACUCAAGUAUUUCUCCAGCGUCUUUGCUGAAGGAUGUCAACCUUACUGGAAAUGUGACUAAAGGUGCUAGUUUAGGCUCUCUACCUACUGGAGAACCUAUAGCUGCAAGAUUCGGUGUGGAAUACCCAUUUCCUCCUCAUCUCGAGUAUGCCUAUCCGCCUCCUGAUGGGAACAUACUAACCAACAUUGUGAAUGCUCUUAUUGCUGUACCUCGCUUUUAUACACAGGUGCUACAUUUGAUGAACAAAAUGAACAUUCCAGCUCCUUUUCGCAUGGCUUUGCCAACUCCACCUUUACCCACUUCAGUUCCUGCACCUCCACCGCCACCACCACCUGUGCCUGUAGCUGCAAAGCCUCAUUUGGCUGAUCUGUCAAGUGAUGAGUCCGAGAUGGAGUCCUCCGAAGAGAUGUUUGGGCCUCCAACAGCAUCAAAGCGUAGUCGAAAGCGUCCCAGAAGAGAAGCUAUUGUAGGCCCAGCUGUUGAUAAAGAUGUGGCUCAUGAGGCUGUUGGACCUAAAACGUCCACAUUAGUUCCAAAGGAGAUUCCCAUCAUAAGGAAGAAAAACCCAUUGCUACAAAUCAAAAUUGCCCCCAAACCUGUACAGAAUGAUGUCAAAGAUGAUGAUGACAGCAUGACAGAAUUGGCUGAACCAAACAAAGAGGAUUUUGACUUACAACAGUAUGCCACACCAGAAGACAUCCAGACUGGAAAGUUGCCACCGGAAGAGAUCCUUUCACUUCCUAUGUUUAAGAACUACUCAGCUGGAGUUCCUGCUACGGUGUUGUACAUCAAAAACUUGGCUAAAGAUGUGGUUGUGGAUGACUUCUACUUCAUAUUUGGAUCAUUCUUUGGUAGUAUCGAGGCAGCUAAAUCUGGUCUGAGUAUUAAGCUAAUGCAGGAGGGAAGAAUGAGGGGUCAGGCUUUUGUGACAUUUCCAACAGUUGAUAUUGCAAAUCACGCUUUGAAUUUAGCAAAUGGAUACGUGUUCAAAGGCAAGCCUAUGAUCAUUCAGUUUGGCCGUAAUCCUGGAGCUGCCAAAGCAAACUAAAUCUGACAAAAGAGAAUUUGAAUUCACUCUAAAAGCCCGAGGGUCGACCUACCUGCAAAAUUGAAGGUAGCAAGAGAAGCCAUCGGUGGCCCAUACUUAGUUCUGCUUGGCCCUUUUCAUCUGAAGAGCUGGAACUUCUGCUACGAUAUAAAGCAACUAAUGGUGGCUUACAAAGUUUCAUCUCAACCUUGUGCCAGCCAUAACUGGAGAGAAAUCUAGGCAAAUGUAUAUAUCUUAAAGGUUGGAGAUUUCCACACUGCGCGACUCUACUAAACACUUGGAAGAGUAUUGAAGGCUGGAGAUUCCCACACUUCAUGAUUCUACUAGACGAGUUGUUAAGUUUCCUGAAUCAAUUACUUCAAAUUGUACAUACUGUACUACUUUGUUGCCUGAACCAGCUUCUCCCAAUUGAGCUUACUGUAUAACCUUUUCUGGUUCAAUCUCGAGCCUAGUCAAGUUUUUUGAGAAUUGUGAA